AUGGAAUCUUUAAGUGGUCCACAAUUAAUUCAAAAAGCUUCUCAAUUAAUCGCUGAAAAUAAAUUGGAUGAAGCUGUUAAAAUUUUUAGUUUUCUUGUUGAAAAAUUACCCGAUGCUCAUUUACCCUUGUUGAAAAGAUAUGAGGAAGCAAAAAUUGACGCACCUGGAAAUACUACUUUACAUUCGGUUGGAUAUGCUCGAUUGGCAAAAUGUUAUAAAGAAUUUGGUCAGGUUGAAGAAGCUGAAAAAUUAUUAAGAAAACGUCAAGAACUUGAAAAAAAAGUAAUAACUCGUAAAGAUCUUAAAACUAUGAUCACCGAUUCAUCUGAUGAUUCCGAUGAUGGUAAUAUUGUAUUUGAUAAAACUUCUAUAAAUGAAAACAAUACUGAAAAAUUAAGAUUACAAGGAAAUGAACUUUAUAAAAAACAAAGUUUUAAUGAAAGUUUAGAAAAAUAUUUGAAAGCUUUUGAAAUUAAUCCAAAUGAUUUAUUGGUUAAUUCUAAUUGUGCUCAAGUUUAUUUAAAACUUGGUAAAUUGGAUGAUGCUCUUGAUCAUGCUGAAACUUGUAUUCGUCUAGAUCCAAAAUGGGCAAAAGGAUAUUAUCGUAAAGGUUGCAUUUUACUUGAGAAAAAUAAAUUUCAUGAUUCGAUUUCCGCAUUUCAAUUAGCCAAACAUUAUGGUGCUCAAGAAACUGAUUUGGAUAAGAAGAUUGAUUAUGCUAAUAAACAAAUUAGACAACAAAAUAAAAAUAUUUCUAAUAACAAUAAUACUUUUCGUAAUCCUUUAACUAGAUUUAAUUUAUCUUUAUUCACUAUCGGUGCUUUCGUGGUGGUUUUGAUUUCUAUAAUCGCUUGGUUUUUUGUAGAUAUUUCUACUUUUAAUUCCUUUAAAAAUUUCUUUUCGUGGUUAUUAACCUCUUAUUUUGGUGAUAUUUGGUGA